GUGUAUGGCCUUUGGCAAAGUGAACACAGUAUCAAUGAGUCUAUGCCCAGGUGCAGACCAGCCAAUAAGAUGCUUGCUUUUAAACAGGUGACCAGUACAUGAAGCUGGCCAAGCAAAGGUGGGCACAUGCCAUCUAUACUCAAUCUGAUUGGCUCAGGCAGCUGAAGCUUCAUAACAGUCAUAACUGUCUUCAUAACGGUCUUGACUGUUAGAGGAGCAGCAGUGCUGAGGAGUGACUGGAUAGAUUUCACUGAUUUUUCAGAGCGAUUUACAGCAAAUUAUCCCUAUACCUCAUACAUUCGCACAUACCUUACACCUAAACACAUUCCUGUACUUUCUGACACUUAUUAGCCCACACAGCAUCAUCCCUACACAUUAACACACCCAUCACUCAUUCCCCUGCACACCAAACAGUUUUUGUUUUGCAGGUUUUUUUCUUCUAGGUUUUCAGUCCUUACAGAUUUGCUACUGAUUGGACAAUGUCUAGCAGGCAAGAGAAGAUAAGGACAUACACCGAGGCUUUGUCAUCUGACCUCGAAGUGCCGGUGAAGAAAAGAUGCAUCACGGAGGCCACUGAAAAUACUGCCAGGUCUGAAACAGCUGCAGCUGCCAACGCCGGCUUUUACCAACUGCUGGAACAUCAUCAAAUUGGAAAAGGCCUGGCAAUAGACUCCUGCAGGAAACUUACUGAUAAGUACCUGCUGGCUAUGGUGAAAGUUUAUUUCCAGCGUGCCAAGCUCCAGGAAGAAGAGUACACCACCUUGAACUUCUUUGCAGCCCUGUUUCUGGCCAAUGAAAUGGAAGAAGAAACAAUCUUCCAUGACCUGAUUUACCCCUUGGGCCUCGGGGUUGAGUAUCAGGUUAAAUGGCAGGAGCUGAGGAGCAAAAAACUGGAGUUGUGGGUGAGGAUGGACUUCAAAGCCUGGGUGAGCAGAUCAUCCUGUGAGGAGGCAAUGGAAGAUAACCCAACACACUGGGCAUGGAGGCGUGAAAGGCACCACAACCAUGGUUUGGCCAUCAGGUUCCACGCAAGACAGAGGGACUACUUAUACUUCAGUCUCCCUUAUAUCAGCCCAGCUGUCUGCUCCCAGUGUGCGCCCAAGCCCCCAACUCCAGAGAAAGUCCGGCCAGACAAGGAGCUGCCAUUCAAGAUGAGGAUGAAGAGAAUGUGGAAGAAAGACAACCCAUAAGUUCCACCCUCAUCCUUUUAUUUAGUACAACAUCUAUAUUUUGUCAUUUUAUUAUAGAGUUUAGGUACUUAUUGCCAUUUUAAUAUUAUUAUAGCUUAAUAUAUUUUAGUACAGGUAUGGGAUCCAUAAUCUGGAAACCCGUUAUACAGAAAGCUCACAGUUACGGGACAGCCAUCUUCUACAGAUUCCAUUUUAAUCAAAUAAUUCAAAUGUUUUCAAGUAAUUUAUUUUUUCCUUGUUAUUAUAAAACAGU